AUGCCUCCGCGCGCGCCGCCUGCGCCCGGGCCCCGGCCGCCGCCCCGGGCCGCCGCCGCCGCCGCCGCCGCCGCGGGUGCGGAGGGCGCUGGGGCCGCGCGAGGCCCCGAUGGGGCCGGGAUCCGGCCGCUCGCGCCGCGCGCCUGGCGCUGGCUUCUCCUGCUGGCGCUACCGGCCGCCUGCUCCGCGCUCCCGCCGCCGCGCCCCGUCUACACCAACCACUGGGCAGUGCAAGUGCUGGGCGGCCCUGCCGCGGCGGACCGCGUGGCCGCGGAGCACGGCUACCUCAACUUGGGCCAGAUUGGCAACCUGGAAAAUUACUACCAUUUUUAUCACAGCAAAACAUUUAAAAGAUCGAUCUUGAGCAGCAGAGGCCCCCAUAACUUCCUCAGGAUGGACCCACAGGUGAAAUGGCUCCAACAGCAGGAAGUUAAACGCAGGGUGAAGAGACAGGUGCGGAGUGACCCGAAGGCCCUUUAUUUCAAUGACCCCAUUUGGUCCAGCAUGUGGUACAUGCAUUGCGGUGACAAGAACAGUCGCUGCCGAUCGGAGAUGAACGUGCAGGCUGCGUGGAAGAGGGGCUACACUGGGAAAAACGUGGUGGUCACCAUCCUUGACGAUGGCAUAGAGAGGAAUCACCCCGACCUGGCCCCAAACUAUGAUUCCUAUGCAAGCUAUGACGUCAAUGGAAAUGAUUAUGACCCAUCUCCACGUUACGAUGCCAGCAACGAAAAUAAACACGGUACUCGGUGUGCAGGAGAAGUUGCCGCCUCAGCCAAUAACUCCUACUGCAUCGUGGGCAUCGCGUACAACGCAAAGAUAGGAGGCAUCCGCAUGUUGGACGGCGACGUGACCGACGUGGUGGAAGCGAAGUCGCUCGGCAUCCGGCCCAACUACAUCGACAUCUACAGUGCGAGCUGGGGGCCGGACGAUGACGGGAAGACGGUGGAUGGGCCUGGCCGGCUGGCCAAGCAGGCCUUCGAGUACGGCAUUAAAAAGGGCCGGCAGGGCCUGGGCUCCAUUUUCGUCUGGGCGUCUGGGAACGGCGGGCGAGAGGGCGACUACUGCUCCUGUGAUGGCUACACCAACAGCAUCUACACCAUCUCCGUAAGCAGCACCACCGAGAACGGGUACAAGCCCUGGUACCUGGAGGAGUGUGCCUCGACGCUGGCCACCACCUACAGCAGCGGCGCCUUUUAUGAGCGGAAAAUAGUCACCACGGACCUGCGUCAGCGCUGCACCGACGGCCACACGGGGACCUCGGUCUCAGCCCCCAUGGUGGCAGGCAUCAUCGCCUUGGCUUUAGAAGCAAACAACCAGUUAACCUGGAGGGACAUCCAGCAUCUGCUGGUGAAGACGUCCAGGCCGGCUCACCUGAAGGCAAACGACUGGAAAGUCAACGGCGCAGGUUACAAAGUUAGCCAUCUGUAUGGCUUUGGCUUGGUGGAUGCAGAAGCUCUUGUGGUAGAAGCAAAGAAAUGGAAAGCUGUCCCGUCCCAGCACACGUGUGUCGCCGCCACGGACAAGGUGCCCAGGAGCAUCCCGGUGGUGCAGACGCUGCGGGCCACUGCACUGACCAGCGCCUGUGCAGACCACUCGGACAAGCGUGUGGUCUACCUGGAGCACGUGGUGGCCCAGAUCUCCCUGUCACACCCGCGCCGAGGGGACCUUCAGAUCCACCUCAUCUCCCCCGCAGGAACCAAGUCCCAACUUUUGGCAAAGAGAUUGCUGGAUCAUUCCAAUGAAGGGUUUACAAACUGGGAAUUCAUGACCGUCCACUGCUGGGGAGAAAAGGCUGAAGGGGAAUGGACCCUGGAAAUCCAAGACAUACCAUCCCAGGUCCGCAACCCGGAGAAGCAAGGGAAACUGAAGGAAUGGAGCCUGAUCUUGUACGGCACAGCUGAGCACCCAUACAACACCUUCAGCUCCCACCAGUCCCGUUCACGGAUGCUGGAGCUCUCCAACCCGGAGCUGGAGCCGUCCAAGGCUGCCAUGUUCCCGGCCCAGCCUGAGGUCCCUGAGGAGGAGGAAGAUUACACAGGUGCGUGCCAUCCAGAGUGUGGUGACAAAGGCUGCGAUGGCCGCAACGCAGACCAGUGCUUGAACUGUGUGCACUUCAGCCUGGGGAGCACCAAGACUGGCAGGAAGUGCGUGAGCACAUGCCCCUUGGGCUACUUCGGGGACACAGCAGCAAGGCGCUGCCGCCGGUGUCACAAGGGCUGUGAGUCCUGCUUGGGCAGGGCCCCCACCCAGUGCCUGUCUUGCCGCCGCGGAUUCUACCACCACCAGGAGAUGAGUGCCUGUGUGACGCUGUGUCCAGUGGGAUUUUACGCUGAUGAAAGCCAGAAAAACUGUCUUAAAUGCCACCCAAGCUGUAAAAAGUGCAUUGAUGAGCCAGAGAAAUGUACCAUCUGUAAAGAAGGAUUCAGCCUUGCGAGGGGCAGCUGCAUUCCAGACUGUGAGCCAGGCACCUACUUUGACUCGGAGCUGAUCCAAUGCGGGAAGUGCCACCCCACCUGCCAGACCUGUGUUGGGCCCAGCAGAGAAGAAUGCAUUCACUGUGCAAAACCCUUCCACUUUCACGACUGGAAGUGUGUGCCAACCUGCGGUGAGGGGUUCUACCCAGAGCAGAUGCCAGGCCUGCCCCACAAAGUGUGUCGAAGGUGCGACGAGAACUGCCUGAGCUGUGAGGGCUCCAGCAGGAACUGCAGCAAGUGUAAGCCGGGCUUCACGCAGCUGGGGACGUCAUGCAUCACCAACCACACGUGCAGCAACGCUGAUGAGACAUUCUGUGAGAUGGUGAAGUCCAACCGGCUCUGUGAGCGGAAGCUCUUCAUUCAGUUCUGCUGCCGGACGUGCCUCCUGGCUGGCUAGAGGGCACCAGCCCCUCUCGCCUGCCCACCCUCACCAGACCUGCAGACAGAGCCUGUGCCUAGAAAACGGGGCAGGAACCGUGCAUUUGACAGCUUUAUCUCACUGGACCAGGGCCCGCAGCAGCUCUGUUCUCCCAGAGCCAGGAGGAUGGUGGCCUUUCAAGGAGGCAUUCUUAACAUGGUGAUACUCUUUCAAACUCUGCUUGCUGGCUACAGUCUUCUGGCAAACUCAAAAUGAAUGAACAAAAUGAAUUCUGGAACCCACAGCUCCAGCUUCAAAGCGGCAUCUGGGACCAUACGUUUACUGAAUCUCCAAGACCAAAGCAGAAAGGAGAGACAUUUGGCAUCCCUGUCACUUUCCCAAGCUUCUGUGCAGUGCCGUAGUCAUCCUCCCCAGGGCCACAUGCAGGGCCCAAGCGUCCACCUGAUGGUGAUGAAGUGCGGGCCCCUCACCUGCUCCUCCGCCUGCCACAGAGCCGUCUGCCAGGCGGCUUGGCCGGACUGUAAAUAAAACAGAUUUGGGGGCAUAAAAUGUAUGACCACUGGGGAUGGAGUGUCUGUUCCUCCAUAGUCAGCCACUUCUGAAACGGCAGCAGUGGCUUAGAAAGUCACAUCCGGAGCCCAGACGGGAAGGUGCUUCCUUUCUGUGCAGCUCUCUCCUUGGGAUCCCAGCUCCCCGCGUUGCCACAUCACCGUGUUCCUUCUGUGUCUCUGGGAGUCUCGUGGCCUUGACCCACCACGUGUCCUGAUGCUGAGCCUUCUUGGGGGGCCCAAAGGAGGCACUCCAGCGGCCAGCCCAAGGGGCCCUGCAGGACCACGCAGUUCCUCCGGGCUUAACAAAGAGCAAACUAGCCUGUGACCUGUUAAUCACGCCCCAUCUUAUGGAAUAGCUAUUAAAAUACGCUCGGCCUCUGCUUUGUGGGAGACUUGUUCUCAUGGCAGAUGUUUCUGUGUCCAUCAAGAGCCUGCGCAACACAGAUGGGUUUAUUUCUGCCAAACCUGUGUAGACAUUUUAUACACUACAUGUUCUGAUUUUUACUGAUGUUAAUUAUUUUGACAAAUAUUUCAUAUAUUUUCAUUGAAAUGCACAGAUCUGCUUGAUGAGUUCCCUUUACUACGGGAAUAACAUUUGCCUUAAAUUUUCUUAAUCUCGUUUCCCUCCAUCUCAUCCUACCCCCUCUUGACUGUGAUGCACUCGCCUCGUGGCCUGUGAGCCGUAGAGAACCGAACUGCUGUUCAUGGAAUCAACAGCUCCGAAAAAGAAAGCAACCGAGCCAAUGCAGUGUUAACACUAAGUUAAUAAAGGCGUUAGCAUCCCAUGCCAGGGGAGCCUGCG